AUGGAUGAAGUUAUGCAGAUUGAUGAAUCAUUAACGAUUCCUGAACUUGAACAGGUUUCUAUGGUAGGCGCGUAACUCUAAUUAAUGUCUAUUUGCAUCUUUGUAUUAUCAUAACAAUGGAAAACUACAUGGGCAGUUAUUUUACAACAAUACUAAAACACAAAAAUUCUGAAGUCUUGUUAUUACAGCCUGUAUUAAUGUUGAAAGUUUGGUUUUUGUAGGAUACUCCAACUGGACAUGCUGGGAAUUGCACAACAUGCAAAACCCUGAGGAGUGAGGUGACUCAGUUAAAGGGCAAAGUCACAAGACUGAAGAGUAAGUUAAUCUCCAAUCAAGAUCAGUGGGUUGAAACCUUUAAGAGCAUACAAGAGCCGAAGCAGUUGCUGAUGGUGAAUGCUGGUGAGUCAACAAUAAUUGAUGUUGAUGAGUCAUAUAGGCAUAACUGCCUAUCUUUAUAUUUGUAUUACAUUUUAUCAAUAUUUGAUUAUUUAAUAAUAAUUAAAAUUUUAAUGGUAAUAGAAUUUUUUUAAUUCCAUUUGUUUAAGCUAUUCAAACUGAUCCAUGGCCAGUAACAAAUGAGACAGAGUUAGGGCUAGAGGAUGAAUCAGAAGAUGAGCAGGAAAUGCAGGACGACGCGUAUGAGGAGUUUGAGUGUGAUGAAAACCCUACAUGGAGUCCUGAAGAAAUCGAAGAUGCAUAUAAAAAACUAAAGGAAGAUGAUGACUCGGUGAAGACUCAUCAGAACCCAAGGUACAAAGAUGCAAAAUUUAUUGCAUUUUAACAUCUUAGCUCUAAGUAUCCUCUGGGAAGUGAUUUAGGCCUAAAACUAACUUCCAUUAUGAGAGGAUCUAUUUAAAAACAAGAGUACAUGAAAUUUGUUUUUUAAUUUACUAAGAUUAGAAUAAGAUAAUAAAUAAUAAAUUAUGUAUCGUUGGGGUGGGCUAGAUAGCCUAAGGGCUCAAAGUUGUCAUGUGUGCAAUCAACAGAAUUAUUAUAAAAAAGCAUUUUUCAGGAUGUAUGUGAGAAUAAAAUCCCAACCCACGAUUAGCCAGGUUUACAACAAGUUGAAAAACUGGCAACACCCUUAGAAAAACAAUAAAAAUGAUAAUCAUUUCAUUUUUUUUUUAAUGUUAUUUUAUUAUUUCAGAUGCUAUGAUUAAAUGAGUAUUUCCUUUCAAUCAUUUUUUACAGGUUGGAUCUACAAGGAAAAAACAGUCGAGAGGAACCGAAGAGAAUUGUUUUCCUUUCCAAACUUCUUCUUUUGUUUCAGUUCUGCCACUUGUGCUUCUUUUCAAAACCCAAACUUUCUGUAUCACAGACAGGUACCUUGUUAACCGUAGAAAGUUUCUGCAGAAACUGUAGCCAGACAAAAGUAUGGAAGAGUCAACCAGACCUGCUAGGAAAGUUUCCAGCAGGUAACCUGCUAUUAAGUUUUGCAGUGCUCUGUGAGCCGAGUGAAAAGAAAGAAACGAUACAUUAA